AUAUAUAUAUAUAUAUAUAAAGUAAAUAUUCUUAUAAUAAAAUAUAUUUCUAAUUAUAGAAAAUAUUUUUUAUAGUUAAAAUUUGUAUUUUAUGUAUAAAAAAUAUAAAAAUAAUUAUAGAAAACAUAUUACGUAAUAAAAUCCCCUCCCUUUCGAUUCUAUAUAAAUGCAAUUCGAUUCCAUAUAUUAACAUACGAUAGAAAGACGCAAUUAAAAAGGAGUGUGAUUUUAUUAAAUUUAGCAAAAGAACAAACAUAUAAAUAUCUCGUUUAUCAUUUUUCAAAAGAUAUAAUCAUGACAGAUCAACGAUUAGAUUUUGUAAUAUUUGGAGCUACUGGAUUUACAGGAAAAUAUGCUGUAAAAAUAGCAGUACAAUUAGCUAUAGAAAAACAAAUGAAAUUUGGUAUAUCUGGACGUAGAAAGCAAGCUUUGGAAGCAAUUGUUAAAGAAUUUGCUUCUAAUAUUGAUGAUGUGCCUAUAUUUAUUGCUGAUUUAAAAGAUGAAGAAUCAUUAAAAAAAAUGACAUCACAAGCAAAAGUUCUUAUUAAUUGUUGCGGCCCAUAUAGAUUUUAUGGAGAACCUAUUAUUAAAGCAUGUAUUGCCACACAUACUCAUCAAAUUGAUGUCAGUGGAGAACCCCAGUAUAUAGAAUAUAUUCAAUUAAAAUAUAAUAAAGCUGCAGAAGAAGCUGGUAUCUAUAUUAUAAGUGCAUGUGGGUUUGAUAGUAUACCAUGUGAUCUUGGUAUAAUUUUUACACAACAAAAAUUUGAUGGUGAAGUCAAUUCUAUUGAAACUUAUUUAAAUUCAUGGUCAACUUCAAAAAUAAGUGGUGCUUCCAUAAAUUAUGGAACAUAUGAAUCAGCUAUUUAUGGUAUAGCACAUUCUCAUGAAUUACGCGAAUUGCGCACUAAACUUUAUCCUGAAAAGUUACCUGAAUUAUGGCCAAGGCUUAAAGCAAGGGGUAUCAUUCAUAAAUCUUCUUUAUCAGAAGGAUGGUCUAUGAUAUUUCCAGGAGCUGAUCGUUCUGUAGCUUUGCGUACCCAACGAUUUUUAUAUGAAAAAUAUAAACAACGACCAGUGCAAGUUCAAACUUAUUUCACACUUAAUUCUCUUUUUGCAGUAUUAACAACUGCUAUUUUUGGUUUCAUAUUUUUAAUGUUAUCUAAAUAUGAAUUUGGUCGUAAUUUGUUAUUGAAGUAUCCUACAUUUUUCUCUGGUGGAUAUGUAGGUUAUGAAAUGGCUAAACCAGAAGAACUUGAUAAAAUUAAGUUCUCCUUAACAUUUAAGGCGGAAGGAUGGACUGAAAAAUUAGUUGAACCUACUGAUAAGCAUAAAGAUCCACCAAAUAAGGUACUAAUUACCAAAAUCAGUGGAAUUAAUCCUGGAUAUGGUGCUACAUGUACUAUGUUAUUGCUUUCUGCUAUAAUAAUUCUCAAAGAAUCGGAUAAAAUACCUGUAAUUGGAGGAGUUUUACCCCCUGGUGCUGCUUUUGGUAAAACAUCAUUAAUUGAAGAAUUAAUUAAAAAGGACAUAAAAUUCGAGGUUAUUUCUUCUAUUGAAAAAAAAGCCCCAAUCAUGAACGGAAUUUCCAGCCAAUGUACUAAAAUUAAGGAUCUAAAUAUAUAUGAUGACGAAGACAAGCACACAAUGAUAAAAAAACCGGGACCAUUGAGGACCGUUUCCUGGUCAGAGAACGUUGAGGAAAGUAAUUUGGAUGUGCCAGGAACUCCCAGAACUCCGCGAACUUCUACAACGCCAGGUCACGAAAAAUGCACGUUUCACCACGAUUUGGAGCUAGAUCACAGGCCACCCACGCGCGAAGCGCUUCUUCCGGAAAUGUCACGAAGUUACAAGUUACUUUUGAGCUCGCUUGGCGAGGACCCGAAUCGACCAGGUCUUUUGAAAACUCCGGAACGUGCCGCGAAAGCUAUGCUGUUUUUCACGAAGGGUUAUGAUCAAUGUAUCGAUGACAUUAUAAAUGAUGCAGUUUUCGAUGAAGAUCACGAUGAGAUGGUUGUAGUGAAGGACAUCGAGAUGUUCUCCAUGUGUGAACAUCAUUUAGUACCUUUCUAUGGCAAGGUGUCGAUCGGUUAUCUCCCUUGUAAGAAGAUCCUUGGUCUCAGUAAAUUAGCCAGGAUUGUAGAGAUCUUCAGCAGACGUCUUCAAGUGCAAGAACGUCUUACUAAACAAAUUGCAGUGGCGGUAACAAAAGCAGUGCAACCAGCAGGAGUGGCUGUAGUCGUCGAAGGAGUGUACGUAUUUUUUUAAAAACAAAUAAAAAUUCAUUGAAUAACUUUGUAGUUUGGUUUUAACAAAUGUAAGAAAAAUAUUGCAAAAAAGGAAUUAGCAUUAUAUUUUUAUAUCUUCUUCUUUUUAUAUCCUAUUUCAUUCCAAUACAUUCGAAUCUUGAGCAAUAGUUUUCGCAAGGAUUAAUCACACAUAGGAAUGUAACCUUGUACUAAUAAAGUGCUAUCACUUCGUGAAGAA